AUGUUCAAAUCAACCCAAGCACUAUUUGGCGGUCUUCUCUGGUGCGUCCUUGGCCGUUCGACCAAAGUCUCAAUUAUUCGAACCCAAGCUAACAUUCCUUCCCGAAUAAUAGGAAGACCCCGUGGCGUCUCCUCCCCCCAGAAGGCACGCCAGCGCAAGCGCCUGCGCUCCGUUGACCGGGUUGUCGACACUGUCAGCGCCGCACUUGAGCGCAAUGGUCAGACCUCCAAGGCUGUGAGCCGGUGGUUUGCGGAGAUGCCGCGUGAGGAGGAAAUGCUGCCGAAGGACAAGUACACUCUCUUCGAUAAGAAGGAGAAGAGCUACCGGAAGAGCAUUCACAAGCUGCCGAAGUGGACUCGUGUCAGCCAACGUGUCAACCCUCCCGGUUUCUAAACGGAUUUUUCUCCCCCGCACAUGUACUAUACAUCCGAACUCGACUCUGGCGGGGCACUUGUCGGAGCGAAAAAUAACAUAUGGACAACCGGAGUUUUGGCUUUUUGGAAUUUGCAGCGCGGCCAC